AUGUUCCUCAAGUCAGGUGCAAUUUUCCUCCUUCUCAUAUCCUUGACAGAGGCUGAAAAGUUAACAUUAGCUGAUAUAGACGAUUCUAUGGUAGUAGACGAUGAAAUAUUAGUAAGAUCUCCGGAUGAGUUAUAUAGAUUGCCGACUAAUGUACUACCUAUGGAGUACGAUAUUUAUAUAGACCUUUACUUUUCUGAGAGCACAGAUUAUCCUUUUUCCUAUAAUGGAAGGGAAGACAUUAUUAUACAGGCCACAGAGGAAAACGUAAAGCAAAUAGUCUUGCAUGCAAAUGUGCAGACAAUCAGAAGCGUUAAAUUAUUAUCAGAUGGGGUUGUUCAAAAUCUUGCUGAGACUCCUUAUACCUUGGCAGUCCAAUAUCAUUUUCUACAGAUUUAUCUGCAGCAGCCAUUAGUGAUAAAUAAAAAUUACACGCUUCAAUUGGAAUAUACAAAUAAAAUUAAUGAUGGACCCAUGAAAAGAGGUCUUUGGAGAGGAUGGUAUAAGGAUGCCAACGGUGUUGAAAGGAUAUACGCAACGACACAUUUCCAACCGUACAACGCAAGACAAGCAUUCCCAUGUUGGGAUGAGCCUUCUUUCAAAGCGGUAUUCAACAUCCACUUGUCUGCUCCAGCCACUUACAUUAAAAUGUUCUCUAACACCAAAGCCGAGUCUAUAGAAAGCAAUUCAGAAACCAAUAGAAUAACGACAAACUUCUAUCCAACACCAAAAAUGUCAUCAUACCUCGUUACAUUUCUUGUGAGUGAAACGUUUCAAGUAAUAGCUGAAGACCGCACCUUUAACCCACCAAUCCGUAUUAUUGGAAGGUCGAAUACAGCUGGACUUGGGAACCACGCUUUAGAAUUAGCAGUGAAGAUGACACAAUUCUUCGAUCAAUAUUUCGAAAUACCUUACUCAUCGCUCCAUCCUUAUUUGAUGAAUGACCAUAUAUCCUCACCAGAUUGGGCUUCAGCAGCUACAGAGAACUGGGGAAUGGUUAGUUAUAGAGAACUUUACAUGAUCAUAGAUCCCAAAGAAACGAUAAUGUCUACCGAACAAUACGCAGCGACGCUAGUUUCACACGAGCUGGCUCACAAGUGGAUGGGUAAUCUUAUAACUUGCUUUUGGUGGAGCAAUACUUGGAUUAACGAAGGGUUUGCCAGUUAUUUCGGAUAUAUAGCGGCACAUGCUAUGUUCCCAAAGUACGAGCUCCAUGAACAUUUCAAUUCACGUUACCUUCAAGGCAGCUUGUCCUUUGACUCCGGUACGUCAACCGUGCCUCUGAACCACGAGGUCAAUACACCAGCCCAAGUCACAGGCCACUUUGGGACCAUCAGCUAUUCUAAGGGAGCUGCUUUCUUGAGAAUGAUUGUUGAUAUGAUAACGCCAGAGACUUUCAGGAAAGCGUGUAAAUACUUUUUGGUUGACAAUGCAUAUCAACCAGCAAACCAAGUGGAACUUUUCAACGCUUUUUCAAAAGCAGUAGAAGAAGAUGGUACAUUAGAAGAGUAUCAGAACUUCAAUUUUACGGAGUUCUACCGCAUUUGGGUCGAUAAACCUGGUUAUCCGAUAUUAAACGUUGAUGUCAACCACUCCACUGGUGAGAUGAGAUUAACUCAAGAAAGAUUCUUCUUAAGUGCAACAGCAAAACCAACUGGCCACGUUUACCCAAUACCAAUCACAUUUUCGACGAAGACAAAACCAAACUUUGAACAACUAAAACCGACUUAUAUGAUGUCGGCUGAUAAGGUAGUCCUUCGAAAAGACCCAGGAGAAGAAUGGGUUAUUUUCAAUAAUCAACAACACAGUUUAUAUAGAGUGAACUACGACGAAAAAACUUGGAAUCUAAUUGCCAAUGCUUUAUUAGAGACACCGGAAUCUAUACAUCAUUUGAACAGAGCUCAAGUUGCGAACGACGUCUUCGCUCUAAUGCGCGCAAAUCGGUUAACGUACAACUUCGGGUUCAAGAUUCUCAGAUUCCUUGAAAAGGAAACUAACUAUCACGUAUGGAACCCAGCUAUCAGCGGUUAUACGUGGAUCCGCAAUCGUUUCAGGCAUAUUCCUGGCACACAGUCAACGUUUGAUGCCUACAUCUUAAGUCAAAUGGAGCACGUCGUUGAUACACUGGGAUUCGAACCAGCAACUAACGAAACCACAACUGUCAGCGUUGACAGGCAGGAGGUUCUUCAUUUUGUUUGUCUGUUGGGUCACGGAAGGUGCGUCAAAGAAUCGCGAGAUAGAUUUAUUAGCCUCAGAGAAAAUGGAACUUGGGUGGACCCUAGGAUCAGACGCAACGUCUACGUUGUAGGUAUAAGAAAAGGCGGUGUUGAAGAUUUCAACUUCCUCCUCGAUCGAUUCCAAACUUCUAACUUUGCUAAUGAUAAAUUAGAGAUGCUGAGAGGGCUUGCUGCAACUCGGGACCCUCAACUAUUAAUGAGAUACUUAGCUUUAAUCCUGACCAAGGAAGUAAGAUCUCAGGAUAAAGUGAACGCGUUUAACUAUGCCCUUUUGGGUAAUAAGGAAAAUGCGAAAACCGUUUUACAAUUUGUUAAAAACAAUAUAGACAAUAUAAGGAAGGCAUUUGUUGAAGACUCACCCCCCAAUCCAGUUCACACCGCAUUGUCAAAUCUCGCUUCUUACCUAGAUGAAGAGUAUUUAGUUGAGUAUGAAGAAUGGCUCAACAGCACACAGACCAACACCUUGCAAUACAGAAGAGCUAUUUCAGCUAUAAAUUCAGCUCGUAAUGUUAUAGCUUGGGGAAGAGCUAAUGGAGAUAUGAUAAUUAGCGCUACUAAAAGUGGAGCUGGAAGAAUACUUUCGUCAACAAUUCUUGUUUUAGUUAGUCGUAUCGCUGACGGCAUAAAAUAUUUUCGGCUAGUGUUAAUUAUAAAUCAAAGAGUCAUGUUUAAGAUCUUAAAGCUGGUUAUACCAGCUCUUAUAAGUAUUGUAAGUUGUGAACUUCCACUGGACGUUGAAGAAAUAGAAGUAUAUAGUAAUGUUGGUGAAGAAAUCUAUAGACUCCCGGAAGAUUUGGAUCCACUUAGUUUUCAAGUUGAAAUAACUCCUUAUUUCGAGGCAGAGGGAACAAAGGAAGCAUUCACAUUUGACGGUAUUGUGGAAAUAAAUGUGAAGGCACUCAACGAUGGAAUUUCAACACUCGUCCUUCAUGAAAAUGUAAAAGAAAUAGUAACAGUUACUGUGCAUGACAGCGCUGGAACUCUUGUCGUCUUAAAUGGAACUAGUCCAUUUGUAAGAGAACAGGAAUAUCAUUUUCUAAAAAUUAACUUGCAGCAAGGUACACUGAAAGUUAAUGAAACAUAUAAAAUCACUAUAAAUUAUAUUGGUAAUAUAAAUGAAACACCACUAUCGAGAGGCGUUUUCAGAGGAAGUUAUCUUGAUAAUAGUGGAAAAAAACACUGGUAUGUUGCAACACAUUUACAGCCAACAAACUCAAGACAGGCCUUUCCGUGCUUCGACGAGCCUGGUUUCAAAUCUGUGUUUAACAUAAUAAUUAACAGACCCCUUACAUUCACUGAGACCUAUUCAAACAUGCCUAUUCUCCGACAAGAUACAGUCAAUAAUCGCACAAGGGAAAUAUUUCGGCCUACUCCGAAAAUGUCCGCUUAUUUAGUUACAUUUCAUAUUAGUGAAGAAUUCACUGCUAUAGCUGAUAACAGAAAUGCUACUCAUCCUUAUCGAAUCCUUGCAAGACCUAACGCGGCUGGUCAAGGCGAAUAUGCUUUGGAAGUAGGUCCCCCCUUAACAAAAUGGUUUUCGGACUACUUAGGCGUCGACUAUUAUUCGAUGGAUAGUAAUCUCAAAAAUGACCAAAUCGCUGUUCCCGAUUGGGCAUCAGGAGCUACAGAAAAUUGGGGCUUAGUUUCAUACAGAGAGCUCCGUCUUUUGUAUGAAGAGGGUGAAACCAACGCGGUUGAUAAAAUGUCUAUCGCAACAAUAACAUCUCACGAACUAGCGCAUAAAUGGUUCGGUAAUUUGGUUACUUGUAGAUGGUGGAACAACGUGUGGAUAAACGAGGGAUUUGCCAGUUACUUCGAAGAUUUUGCUAUGCACGAAAUCGAUCAGUCCUUAGAAAGAGCCGAUCAAUUCAACAUCCAGUCAUUGCAAAGUGCUCUAUCAUCAGACUCCUCCGCAAGUACUAGAGCUUUGGAACACACAGUCAAUACUCCCGCGCAGGUUACUGGACACUUCAGCGGAAUCAGUUAUACGAAAGGAGCUUCCCUACUUCUUAUGUUAAAGAAUUUGAUUGGAGAAAAUACCUUUAAGAAGGCUCUAAAUUACUAUUUAGUUGACAGAUCUUACAAACAUGCGUUGCCCACUGACCUCUACACGAACUUCGCAAAGGCCGUUGCUGAAGACACCCCGAUCAGCAGCGACUGGGACAUCGCUGCGAUAUUUCAAAAUUGGGUUGAGCAGCCCGGCUCCCCAGUCAUUGAUGUAUAUGUUGAUAUGAAUACUGGACUCAUGAAUAUUACUCAGGAACGUUUCUAUAUCAACCCGUCAUCUGAAACUAAUCAACAAUUAUGGCAUAUCCCACUUACAUUUACUUCAGGCAGCAAUCCCGAUUGGAAUAACUUGAAAGCCUCUCACCUUAUGACAGGAAAGAGCUAUCAAAUCCGAAAGGCAGCUGGCCAUGAAUGGGUUAUUUUCAACGUACAACAAAAAGGACUAUACAGAGUGAAUUAUGAUACUCACACUUGGGAAAUGACUGCUAGUGCUCUUGAGAAGAAUCAUUCGUCAAUACACCAUCUCAACAGGGCCCAGAUUGUUAACGAUGUCUUCGCGUUUAUGAGAUCGGAGAAAAUAUCAUUCGAGCUUGGCUUCAAAAUUCUUAACUUCCUCAAGAAGGACACCAGCUAUUACUCUUGGUAUCCAGCGAUAACCGGCUUCUCUUGGAUCAGAAAUCGUUUUCUACACAUCCCUAACACUUUGAGGGAAUUCGAUCGAAUUCUUUUCGACUUCCUCCGAAAUGUGAUCAGUGAAUUGGAAUAUGACUACAGCAUCGGCGAACCUUUAACUAGAACUCUAAAUAGGUUCUAUAUUCUUCAAUUUGCUUGCAGUAUCGGCCAUGAAGGCUGUAGUAGCGACUCCGUGUUCAAAUUUAAUGCUCUACGGAGUAGCGGUAGCAAAGUCAAUCCAAAUUUAAGAAGACACGUCUUUUGUCAAGGUCUUUUGAACGGAAAUUACAGCGACUGGAAGUUUAUGUACGACCGAAGAUUGAAUUCCAAUAACCAAGCUGAUGAAGUGGCGAUGUUAAGGGCACUUGGCUGCACCAGAAACAGCCAAGCUGUAGAGGAAUACCUUCAAAUGGUUCUAAGUGAUAACGUCAAAGCCCAAGACAGUGUCAACGCUAUGACCUUUCUCUAUAUGGGGAACAGAGCUAACGCAAAGAUCGCUUUAGAAUUCUUGAAGACAAGAGUAGAGCAAUUUAGGAGAAAAGUUGUUCUACCAGCCUGGUUUGGAAGCCUUCUUAGUAAUCUGGCGAGCUAUCUAGAUGAAGAGGGGCUUAACAAUAUGGAGUCAUGGCUUCGUUCUAACCAGGACACAAUACCCAGUGCAUCUACUGGCUUAAGUGCAAUUACAUCCGCUAAAAGCAACAUGGAUUGGGGUACUCGGAAGGCUUCUUCAAUUAUCAGGGCAGCGAGAGGAUCGGCUUUCAGCACAGUUUCAAUAUUUACCUGUCCAUGCGAAGACAUUGAAAUGUACCGUCACACUCUAAAAUGGACUGUCUUCGCCCUGUUAGUAGUAAUAGCGGUUAGUGAUACAAACUACCGUCUAAACUCGACCUUAACACCAUCCUCCUACUCAAUUAUCAUCACACCUUACUUUGACACCGGAGACGAUAAUGCGUUCACAUUUGACGGUGAAGUUAGGAUCCGAAUGAGAACGGAAACCAGUACAAACCAGAUUAAAAUCCACUCUGAAGAUCUAAACUUCAAUUCUUCCGACAUAAGCAUUACUAGUGGAUCAGUCACUAUACAGCUAAACGAAGCUAACCCUUUAGAGUUUGAUACCAAAUAUACCUUCGCUUACAUCAACUUGGCAUCAGAGCUUAUGGUUGGAUAUGAUUACGAAUUGAAGAUCAACUACAGAGGGCCCAUAAGAGAUGAUCUAAAUGGAUUUUAUAAGAACUAUUAUAUCGAGAACGGGGUUAAAAAAUGGCUCGGAGCAACCCAAAUGCAGCCAACACACGCUCGAAAGGUGUUCCCGUGUUUCGAUGAACCAGAAUAUAAGGCAGUAUUCACUCUCACUAUUGACAGGCCGCAGAAUUACAAACCUUCAUUAGCGAAUACAAAAAUGCAAGAAUCCAAAACACUGUCUAACAAUUAUGUACGAGAAGUAUUCUAUCCAACGCCAAUAAUGUCGACUUAUUUAGUAGCAUUCCUCGUAUCGGAAUUUGAAGGUGCCACAACAAUGAGAGAUGGAAACAAAGAAUUAGGUGUAUUUAGUAGACCAGAUGCAGUUAACCAAACUGAAUAUGCUGUAGAUAUUGGUCAAAAAGUAGUAGAUGCUCUAGGAAACUACUUUGGAAUUGAUUAUUACUCAGUGGAUGCCAAUUUAAAGCUGGACCAUGUAGCUUUAACUGAUUUCAGAGCAGGAGCUAUGGAAAACUGGGGAUUAAUUAAAUAUAGAGAGUCCCUUUUAUUGUAUGUACCAGAAGAUUCUACGCCAUACUACAAAUACAGGGUAGCACAAAUCGUAGCCCAUGAAACCACUCAUAUGUGGUUUGGUGACUUGGUUACCUGCCAUUGGUGGAGUAACGCUUGGCUCAAUGAGGGUUUCGCUAAUUAUUUCCAAGAUUAUAUCACUGCUAUGGUUGACACCACUGUUGGAGCAUCAGACCAGCUUAUCAUAGGAUCUGUUUAUGCAGCAUACGAUGCUGAUGAUAAACCUGAAUCGGUCCCAGCUACCAACAUCGAUGUUAAUUCACCAGCUGAAAUCAGCGAUCAUUUUGGAACGAUCACUUAUCAAAAAGCUGGCUCUGUUAUUCGUAUGAUGCAUCACUUCUUGGGCAACGAUGCCUUCAAAUAUGGUCUUAACUCAUAUUUAAAUAACAACCGUUUUAAACCAAGCACUCCAGAGAUGCUGUAUGCUGGACUUGAAGAAGGUGUGGCUACUUUUGGCGCCCUUUCUAAUUACCCUGGAUAUAACAUAACAGAUGUUAUGGGCUCUUGGAUUUCGCGACCUGGAUACCCAAUCUUACAUGUUGAUGUCGAUUAUGCUAAUUCAAAAGUGACCCUCAAGCAGGAACGCUUCUAUAUUGACUCGACAAAAUCGUCAUCAGAACUAUACAAAAUACCAAUAACAUACACGACUAGUGACGUCAUCAACUUUGAAAAUACCAAGCCUAGCUUUGUUAUGGACGAGGAGACACACGAGCUAUCAGUCAAUAUCACAGAGGGAAGCUGGAUUAUUUUCAAUGUACAAGAAACUGGUUAUUACAGAGUUAACUACGACGAUCGUACUUGGCAAUUAAUAUCAGACGCUCUCAAAGGAAACCAAAGAGAACAAAUCCACUACUUGAACAGAGCAAAGAUUGUAAACGACUUAUUUGCGUUCCUGUUCGCGGAUGUUGUCAAAUUUGAAAUGCUCUAUGACACCUUGGAAUUCCUUCACGAAGAAAACAGCUAUCCAGUCUGGUAUGCUGCUAUUCGUGGACUCAAGAAAUUGAGAAAUAUGUACUUGGGAAGUGAAGUUGUUAGUCAAAUUGAUGCAUUCUCCCGUAAGUUAUUAGAUAGUGCAAUAGCCAAGCUUGGCUACGAAGCAAACUCGACUGACGAUUAUGAUACCCUUAGGAACAGAAUGCAAGUUUUAGAUUUUGCGUGCAACCUGGGCCACCAAGGUUGUUUAGAUAAUACUUUAGCACAUUAUAAGGAACUAAAAGAUAACGGAAAAGAAAUUUCGCCAAGCCUUCGACCAGUUUCGUAUUGUACUGGGCUGAGAUUUGGAAGUGGUGAAGAUUAUGAUUUUAUGUGGAACCGUAUGGCUGCCACGAAUGUUGCUAAUGAAGCCCGCACUAUUGGAGAAGUGCUGGGUUGUACUUCGGACCAAGACAAGUUAAGAAGCUUCCUAGUAUCAACACAGCUUGAGAACAGCCCCAUAAGAACUCAGGACUUAACAGUUCCUCUAGCAGGAGUACUUUCCAACUACAGCAAUGUGGCUCUAGUUAUUGAGGAGUUGGACAAAAAUUUAGCUCAGUGGAAAACUAUUUAUCCAUCAAUAGACACAGCUCUAACCUCAAUUGCUUCAGCGUUGCAUACCCAAAAGGAAUUUGAUACAUUCGAUUCUUGGCUGACAUCGUGUACCGAAUGUGGGGAGGAGGCAGUCACAAAAGCUAAGAACUCCUUGGCUAAAGCAAAGGCGGUUACUACAUGGGCAGAUAAUCACAGGGCAGAUAUCAUGGCCAGUUUUAAGGGUAGUGCCCGUGCUGUUACGUCAUCUGCUUUUGUAAUCCUGGCAGGAAUUACCUGGGCAGUCUUUGCUCUAUAG